AUGGAACGUACUCGAAAUAGUUGGAAGUGUCCGAUAUUUGGUGAUUUAAAUGACUUGAAAGACAACGUAUUGCCAACCUAUGGGGAUGUAAUGCGAUUUUAUGAGUGGACCCGACACAGGUUGAAAUACGAGAGAGAAAGAAAUAAAGAGCCAACAUAUAAAGAAAUAGAGGCCAUUGUAGUUGCAAGACUGAUAGAAAUAUGGGCAAAAUCCUCUAUCCCUACAGUUGAACCCAAACGAAUGAAGGUAAUGUUACAAACGUAUCACUUAAAAUGCAAAAAUCUCCUCAAAUCUAAUCCAAGAAUACCUAAAAACACGUUGGAAGGGUUUCGUCUUGGGAGUAAAGCCUUGUUUGAUAUUGCGGCUUGCAAGUGUCAAGAGUUUCUCAAAUGUGCUUGCCCGAAAAACAAGAAAAUACCUGCAAGAGAACGUGGCUUUAUAACUGAUCAACGAACCGCUAGGCAAAUGGUGAUAGGUGCCUUAGAUGUUGUCACAACUACAAAAAUUACAAAAACACUGAAAAGGAAGUCAAUACGAGAAAAUUCUAAGAGCAAACGACUGAAAAAACCGAAACAUGUACGGAAAAGCUGA